CGUUCCUCUUGUUCUUUUUCAUCUGUAGACAGUAGCAGGCCUUUCAAGGAGGUGUGGGGAAGGAAAAGUAAGAGGAAGGCCAGCACUGAUGGAAAGGAGUCAUCAAAAACAAAGAGGACGGAAUUUGAGAUUUUUGACUUUACCCAGAGGGAUGAUGAAAAGGCUUCCUCCUCAGCAGACAGUGGCAGAGACAGUAGUGGGCCUUUGAAGGAGGUGCAGGUAAAUAGUAAGAGGAAGGCCAGCAAUGACGGAGGAAACCGCAACGGAAAAAGAAAGAGGAGCGCAGAGAUCCUUGAGACCAUACAGGACAGGAGAGAUAAAUUUGAGGCCAAAUAUGUGCAGCAAAAUCACCUUGGUGAAGGAGGCUGUGGGGCUGUUUUUGCUGGCUACCGCAAAGCAGAUAACUUACCUGUUGCCAUCAAACAUGUACCGAACGACAAUGUGUUUUGCACACAUGUGGACAAUAACGGAAAGGAGAUUUCAGCGGAAGUCGAUAUUAUGUUAAAACUUGCAGAAGGGAGAACUGGAGUGCGCACAUCAGCACCUGUGUCCCUUCUGGAUUGGUAUGACCUGGGCGAGGAGCUGAUCCUGGUGAUGGAGAGACCAGUACCCUCCAUGGACCUCUUCGACUACAUCCAUGGCAACGGAGGCUCCUUAGAUGAGGAAGAGGCCAAGAUCAUAGUGAAGCAGUUGGUUGAUGCAGCUAAAGAACUUGAGGAUAAGUGCAUCUUUCAUCGGGACAUCAAGGUGGAAAAUAUCUUGAUUGAGACAGGCUUAAGCCCCCCCCGUCUCCGGCUCAUUGACUUUGGACUUGGCUGUUUUUUCGAAGAAAGCUCAUGUUACCACACUUUCUACGGUACCCCUAAUCACAUUCCUCCAGAGUGGUUCAGUCGUCACACCUACCACGCUGGCCCCACAACAGUAUGGCAGGUUGGAGUGGUUCUGUAUGAAUCGCUCCACAAAAUAACACAAUUUAUGACCCAGAAAUUCCUCAGGAACCAGCAGAAAAUCAGCCAUGAGCUGUCCGAAGAGUGCCAGGAUUUUCUCAAAGGAUGUCUAGCCGAAGUCCCCGAAGAACGCCCCACCCUGGAGGAGCUCCAGCUGCACGCAUGGCUCAGUUGAUUCUAACUGGUAACUCUAAAUCCCCCCCUCUCCCCAACCUGUGUUUGCAUGGGUUUUCUCCGGGUGCUCCGGUUUCCCCCACAGUCAAAAAAAAAUACAGGUUUAUAGGCUAACUGGUGACUCUAAUUUGGCUAAUUGGUGACUCUAAUUUGGCUAAUUGGUAACUCUAAAUCCCCCCACUCCCCAACCUGUGUUUGGGUGGGUUUUUCUAUGGGUGCUCCGGUUUCCCCCACAGUCCAAGAAAAUACAGGUUCAUAGUCUAAUUGGUGACUCUAAUUUGGCUAAUUGGUGAUUCUAAAUCCCUCCUCUCUCCAACCCGUGUUUGCGUGGGUUUUGCUCUGGAGAAUACAGGUUUAUAGUCUACCAACCCACCAACCUGGACGUUCCAGUCUCUCCCACAGUCCAAAAAAAAA